UUUUCUGUUUCCUUUCUUUCCCGCAACACAUCAAAACCCUCGUCUCAGAAAUUCGGCAAUGGCGAAGGACCGAGGCGAUUCCUCGGACGAUGAUAGAGUUCUGAAAGGAGCUUCAUCUAAAAGAGGACCUCAUCAUCAUCAUAAAUCCAAGAGGAAGUCGGAAGAUUUACCCGAUACCGAAUCCGAUCUCUCGUCAGGAUCCGACCAUGGAAGCAAAAGCAGUGGUAGCCGGAGCAGCAGGAAGAAGAGAAGCCGACGGUCUAGGACGAAAUCACGAAGGGAUUACAGCGACGACGAUAGCUCGGAUUCCGAUACUGAGUCGGAGUCGGAAUCGGAGACGGGGAGUUCGGAAUAUUCUUCAGAGCAUGAAAGCGAGAGUGAGGAGGAGAGACGGCGGAGGAAGAGGAAGGAGAGGAAGAGAAGGGAGGAGAAAGAAAAGAGAAGGAGAAGAGAGAAAGAGAAGAAGAGGAGAAGGAAAGAGAGGGAGGAAGAUAAGUUAAAGAAGAAGAAGAAGAAGAAGAAGAAGGAUAAGAAGAAAGAAAAGGUGAAAAAGGGAGCUGUUACAGACUCUUGGGGGAAGUAUGGGAUUAUUAGAGAAACUGAUAUGUGGAACAAGCGGCCCGAGUUCACUGCAUGGCUUGCAGAAGUGAAACAGGUGAACCUUGAAAGUCUGCCCAACUGGGAAGAGAAGCAGAUGUUCAAACAGUUCAUGGAGGACCAUAACACAGCUACAUUUCCUUCUAAAAAAUAUUAUAGCCUUGAUGCUUAUCACCGAAGGAAAAUCGAGAAGGCCAUGAAAAAAGGCUCCAUGAAAGCUGCAAAAACAGAACGUGUGGUGUUUGACGAUGAAGAGCAACGCCGGCUAGAAUUGCAGCAAGAGCGUGAGAAACAGAAAGAAGCAGAGGUAGAAGCACUGAAGCGCUCUAUGCAAAGCGGAAUGGCACAAGCAAUGAAAGAACAAGCUCAACUGAGAGAAGAGAUGAAUUACUUAUUCAAAAUUGGCAACAUCGAGGCGGCGACUGCUAUUCAAAGAAGGUUGGAUCCUGAUCUUCCUAUGUGAAUAGGUCCGUCGAAAACUUGUCAAUUGAAGAAGCUUCACGAUGCUGCUCGGUCCAUUGAACCCGUGCUCGUUUUGUAGCAUUGCAUCUCCUUUCGCCUGUUAGCACAUGAGAAUAGUCUUCGGUUUUUUACGGCUGGUUCUUUUUACGUGAAAUUGAUUAUACUUGAAACGUAGUGGUAGUGGUGAUACCAUCAUCGAGUACCCUGUAAAAGAGAUGUCUCGUGCGACACGAGUGGCCCUUGCUAGAUUUUUAAAGACUUUUGCUCAAUGACAUUAAACGAGAGAAGUUCAUUAACAACAUAACCUUUUCACAAUUUUUAGCUGGCGUUCUUGUAUAUGGAAGUGACAUUCUCAGAUGGCGGCAUUAAACAUGGAAGCUCA